GUAGUUUGCCACCACUUAAUACUAACAACUCAUCUGCUUGAGGAGAUUCUGUUGUAAUGUAUCCAGUGGCUGUUCCUGCACCAGGAGGUGAAGGAAAUAAUGGACAACAUGGGAAACUUAUUUUUUUCCUUUUUGUUUUUGGAGCUGUGUUGCUCUGUGCUGGAUUCCUGCUUUCAGUGUUUAUUCUCCAGUCAUGUCCAUCUGGAACCUUCAGUGACUGUAACGAGGUCCUUAAGGCUGCUGGGCCAGUUCUGGCUGUAGCUGGACUGGGGUGUGUUUUACUGGCACGGUCAAGAGCCAGGAUGUACAUAAGACAAAGACAAUUGCAAAAUGAGCAGGUGUACAGCCUUGUUUUUUGUCGUGGGAGCUGCCAGUUUGCCCAGUUUCUCAUAUUUGGAUUUCUGUUUUUAACUAGUGGAAUGCUAAUCAGCAUCCUGGGCAUUUGGGUUCCUGGUUGCAGCCCUGGCUGGCAUACCAUACAGCUCAACCACACCAGCAGUUCUGACGUGGACCUCCAGGGCUGUGGAUUCCUGUCACUUCAGAUAAUGGGACCUUUGAUUGUGCUCACUGGGUUGUGUUUCUUUGUGAUAGCUCAUGUUAAAAAGAAACAAAACUUAAAUCUCAGCCAAGAAUCUUGUGAAAUUGAAGAACAUCCUCAGAGCCCUGACUCUUUUCAGGUUACAGUAGGUGAUGCUGUAAUGGUAUUCCCACCCCCACCCCCUCCUUAUUUUGCUGACCCUAUGUCACCAAUUGUGACACAUUGUCUUAUGUCAAGUGUUUUGCCUACAAGCGAAAGUCCUCCACCGUACCACUCUAUCUUCAGUG